CUACUUUUAAUUUAAUUUCAAGGCGCUAUUCACUUGUUGAAAUUAUUGAAUAGAUGAUAGAUAAUAAAUUGCAUUGCGUUCUUGAAAUGAGGAAAAAAUGAUGUAACCCAAAAAAAUGUGGGAUUUGGUGUAACAGUAUACUACAAUUGAAGAAUAUACGUUGACGUUUAGUGCCCUGCCCCGUUCAGUAUCAUUUUACAAUACAUAAGUCGAAUGGAUUAGAUACGUACAACAUCUCUCUAUUAAAGUCCCUCCAACAGACGCGACAUUCUAAAUGACAAUAAUUGUUGCGUAAUUUUAAUAGGAGCCCAAGUUAUCAGUUUAUAAGUAGACUGAUGAGUUUAUUCAAAGUUAAAAGUGAUCAAUGUCUACUUUAAACUCUUCCACAAGACUAAUCUGAUGUAAUGGGGAGAUAAUCAUGUUUGUGUCUUCAAAUAGCUCCUUUUUUUACUUUCUUUCUUUUUGAUGUGAUGUAAAAGAAGAACAACAUUACAAAGAGUAUUUAUUGAAAAUUAUAAUAACAAAUUAUUAUUAGAGCAUAGAAUAUUACCAAGAAAAAAAUGCCAGCACCUCCACCACCAAUUGCACCGCCACCUCCAAGCCCAUCCGAAACAUCACUCUGUCAGGAUAAAAAAGUUUGUGAAUCGAAACAUUUUCCGCCUUGGGAAAAAAUUACUUUAACAUCGGCAGAAUCGGAAAUUGACAUGUUGAUAGCGAGAAAUGAUUUAAAGGAUGCCGAAAUUACAUACUUUUGCCAAGUUGCACCGAUUCUACAAGAUGGACCACAAUGUGGACUUGUUGCACUGGCAAUGGCUUCUCAAGAAUAUACAAAGCCAGUAUCAGUUGUACAACUAUUGGCAGAAGCACGAGUCAGAGGAUUUACCCAACACGGUGAAGUUUACAGUGUUGAUUUCAUGGCAACCCUUGCGGCUGAAUAUUUGCCAGAUCACAGACCAGAUAUUCUCAUUGAUUUACAAACAUGUCCAGAUACAUUAACACAUGCACUUGCUAAUGGUGCUAUGGUACUCAUUCCAUAUGACUCUGAUUUCAAUCAUUCACCUUGUUUGAAAAGAGGACAUAAGGCACAUUGGACUCUACUUGUUGGAUUAAUAUCUUCGAGACAAGGAUAUUACGUUCUUUCGCGACAUGGAAGAUCACGGCAUCUAGCUUGUUGGCCACUUCGUGAUCUCAUUGAAAGUAAUGGAAAUUUAGAAGAGGAGGGCACAGCAAGACACGCCGGUGGCUAUGUAAUUCCAAAAGGAGGUGUUGGUGGCCACAGGGGGCUUCGAGGUCGAGCCCUUGCACUACAUCCAUACGUAUGAAUACGAAAAUGAAAAAAAGGCAAAAUCAUACUGCUUUACAUAGAUAUACAAUCUAUCUGUGCCCCCGAUGACGCAUCUUCAAAUUGAUAAGCCAAAAAUUUACUAAUAAUUAGACCUAAUCCUAAAUUAUAUCAACUUAAACUUAAGUAUUUGUUCAGGAUCGUUGGCAAAAAUAAUGACGAAUGAUAAUAUUUCUAAAUAGCUGCUGGUGUUGGUUUUCAACUCUAAGUAUGACUCCUCUUGUUAAUAUUUAUUACGUUAUGAUCUAUAUAUAUUUUAAGAUUUUUCAUCGAAUAUUUGAAUCCUUUAAUCGAUCUAUUGGAUGUUGUGCUGAGCACAUUCACAUAUUAUCUGGCCUCACGAAUUCUCUUGACUUGAAGUGAUACGAGAAAUUUUCUAUGGAAUUUAGUCCCAAAAUCACAAUUUCCCUGUGAUAUCAAGUUUAAGAAAAGUCAUUUCAACAUUUGCCGAUUAAACAAGAACAAUGAUGAGAAAUGUACACGCGUGUAUACCAAUAUAGUGAUAUCUUUAUUAUCUUAUUCAUUCUGAACUACAAGGUUUAUAUUACGAUACAUCUAACCAACAAUUUUCAAUUAUUUAAUUUAUAUUCAUGUUGAAUUUAUUUUAUUCCGUUGUAGGAAUAUUAAUCUUGAUGGCGUUCAUUUUGCUCCAAAAAUGUAUUGCUGUUGACAUUUCAGAGAUAUUUUUAGCAAUACUAUAUCAUCCCGAUAUUGAAUGUGGUGACAAAUCAGAAAAGAAGAAAAAAUUAAGCAACUUGUAGAAAAAUUUUAUUUGCUUAGAAUAUGAAAAAAUAACAACAAAAGCCAAAUUGUGAAUCUUUAACUUAUUUCUUUCUUUACAAAUGACAUUUUUGUUCAGACAAAAUAGUCUCAACAUAUAUGCGGGUAGAUAUGAAAUAAAUUGAUCAAAAAAUA